GGUGCCGCUCCCGCUCCGGCCGCACUGGUUGGGCCGAGCCGCGUCUCCCGCCCGGACUCGGCCGUGGGGACAGGACGUGUGGCAGGAUGGAAGAACUGUAGCUGAAGGAGAGACAGAACACGCUCUUUCAGCAUGGAGACUGUUCUGGCCGAUGGGGAACUUGACAAAAAUUCACAUCAUGGUGAUAACAGAGACUCUCAUGGACCAUCAACAGUGGUAACAAACAGCGAUGAAUCGCAGCUUUUAACUCCAGGAAAAAUGAGCCAGCGCCAGGGGAAAGAAGCUUAUUUUACUCCAACCAAAGAGUUACUCCAGCCAUCUCUCAGCCCAGCAACUGCUCACAGCCAUGGUUUUGACAAAGGGAAGGAUGAUGCCUCACAAAGCAAAGAGGAUACAGCGCAUUCUAUGUCCAAAAGCAAGUCUGAAUCCAAGCUUUUCAAUGGCUCUGAGAAAGACAUCUCAUUAUCUUCAAGCAAACUUACCAAAAAGGAAUCUCUCAAGGUUCAAAAGAAAAAUUACAGAGAAGAAAAGAAGAGAGCUACAAAAGAAUUGCUCAGCACAAUCACAGACCCAUCAGUUAUUGUUAUGGCUGACUGGCUGAAGAUUCGGGGUACCUUGAAAAGCUGGACCAAACUGUGGUGUGUACUGAAACCAGGAGUGUUGCUUGUUUACAAAACACCCAAGAAUGGCCAGUGGGUGGGAACAGUGCUCCUGAAUGCUUGUGAACUCAUUGAGAGACCUUCUAAAAAAGAUGGCUUUUGUUUCAAACUUUUUCACCCUUUGGAGCAGUCCAUAUGGGCCAUAAAGGGUCCAAAAGGUGAAGCAGUUGGUUCUAUAACUCAGCCACUACCCAGCAGUUACCUGAUCAUCCGAGCCGCUUCAGAAUCAGAUGGCAGGUGUUGGAUGGAUGCUUUGGAGCUGGCUUUGAAAUGUUCAAGUCUACUUAAACGUACAAUGAUUAGAGAGGGUAAAGAACAUGACUUGAAUUCUUCAAGUGACAGUGCUCAUGUCUCUCUCUAUGGCCUGCUUCGUGCUAACAACUUAAAUAGUGGAGACAACUUACCAUUAAAUGACAGUGAAAUCGAAAGGCAUCACUUUAAAGACCAAGAUAUGUACUCUGAUAAAUCUGAUAAGGAAAAUGAUCAUGAACAUGAUGAGUCUGAUAAUGAUGGAUUGGGGAAAAGUGAAGAAAGUGAUAGUGACACAUCAGAGCGACAAGAUGACUCUUAUGUUGAUCCAGAGCCAAUUGAUAUCAAAGAAACAACUUACUUAGAACAAAGUCAUGAAGAACUUGGAGAGGCAGGGGAGGCUGCUCAGACAGAAGUAGUGUCUGAAGAAAACAAAAGUUUGAUCUGGACACUUCUGAAGCAAGUCCGUCCAGGAAUGGACUUAUCCAAGGUUGUACUGCCUACGUUUAUCUUGGAACCUCGUUCUUUCCUUGACAAGCUCUCUGAUUACUACUACCAUGCAGACUUCCUAUCCGAAGCUGCUCUUGAAGAGAAUGCUUACAACCGCAUGAAAAAAGUAGUAAAGUGGUAUUUGUCUGGAUUCUACAAAAAGCCAAAGGGACUAAAAAAGCCGUACAAUCCUAUACUUGGCGAGACUUUCCGCUGCAUGUGGAUCCAUCCGAGGACGAACAGCAAGACUUUUUACAUUGCAGAACAGGUGUCCCAUCAUCCCCCAAUAUCUGCCUUCUAUGUUAGCAACCGCAAGGACGGUUUUUGCCUUAGUGGUAGCAUUCUGGCCAAAUCAAAAUUCUAUGGGAAUUCAUUAUCUGCCAUACUAGAUGGAGAAGGACGGCUGACGUUCCUAAAUAGAGGAGAAGAUUAUGUAAUGACUAUGCCAUAUGCUCACUGUAAAGGAAUUCUUUAUGGCACAAUGACCUUAGAGCUUGGGGGAACGGUCAACAUCACCUGUGAAAAAACUGGCUACAGUGCAACAAUUGAAUUCAAACUGAAGCCAUUUUUAGGUAACAAUGACAGUGUUAAUCAAAUAUCAGGGAAAAUUAAGCUUGGCAAAGAAGUUCUGGCUAUUUUGGAGGGCCACUGGGACAGUGAAGUUACUAUUAGGGACAAGAAGACCGAUGUUUCGGAGACGUUCUGGAACCCAACUUCUGAUAUCAAGCAGCGUAGAUUACCUAGAUACACUGUGAAGUUUGAAGAGCAAGAUGACUUUGAGUCAGAGAAGCUUUGGCAACAAGUGACUAAAGCAAUAAAUAAUAAAGACCAAACAGAAGCUACUCAAGAGAAAUACGUUUUGGAGGAAGCUCAGAGAAAGAGUGCCAAAGAGAGGAAACUGAAGGGUGAAGAGUGGACGUGCAAGCUGUUUGAUCAGGAUUCAGUCACGGGAGAAUGGCACUACAGAUACGCUGAUACCAGGCCGUGGGACCCUUUGAAUGAUAUGAUUCAGUUUGAAAAAGAUGGCACAAUCCAAACCAAAGUUAGGCAUCGGACACCAAUGGUUAGUGUUCCGAAAAUCAAGCGAAAACCAACCAGCCAGAAAAAAGGGGAGUGUGGUUUCUCAUCCCCUGAGCCUGAUAAUCAGGAUUCCUCUGGAAGUGAAGCACAACUUACGAAGCAUAAUACAAGAAUAAGGAAAAAAGGGGCAGACCUUGGUGAACUGCAGAGUGCCAUUGAAUCUAUAAAGGAAACACAAGAAGACAUUAAGAGGGACAUAAUGGCUCUACGAAAUCGAGUCACUUCUAAUUCCCCACCUGUGGACAACCAGUUUUUGCAGCUGAAGCACUAUAUCUUCAUUUUACUCCUGGUUCUGCUACAGCUUAUCAUCAAUUUCUUGUUCAAAUAGGAAGUGUGAACAAGAGCCUUUCUGAACUGGAAUGAUCAAACUCUUACUGGGGACCAUGUUUUAAGUUGGACUUUAAAUGAUGCAAUAUUAUCUGAAAGAGCCUUGUAGCAACAACUUGCAGAACUUUUUUGCCUCAGAGUCCGUGGUUCAGAAUCAUCCUCCCAUCUACCCAGUUGAAGUAAGACUCGUGUAAGUGCCAGUACACUCUUGCUCCUGGUGUGUGCCUCUGUUUCAGACAUACAGCAUCAGCCUUGUGUUUUUUAUUACGUCACAUGCUGUACUGAUGAAUCUUCACCACAGAAUAGAUAAAAUCAAAAUUCAGAGGGCAGGCUCUGUAGGUUGGACCUGAUUGCUGUUUUGGUAGUGUAAUAAGCAGCAGACUUUGUUACAUUUAAACUUACAACUUUUGUAACAAAGUAACUUUUAAAGUAGCGAGGCUUACCAACUUUUUUUUUUUUUUUUUUAAUGGCGUUGGGUGUUUGGAUGUGAACUUUUAUUUGAGGUCAAAUGAACACAUUCUUAUACAAAGGUCAUGACUGUUAGGAACUGGCAAGUACAAAGCUGAAGUCUCUGAGAAUUCUGCAAUUUUAUGUCCUUGAUUUGUUCUGGAGGUGUGACAGUUUGUGUCCUGAAUUACUACAGUGGCUUAUAAGCCAAUUUUUUUUUUUUUUUUUUUUUUUUUAAUAUAUAUAAUUUUAAAACUUCAGGUUCUUCACAAAAACAUUCCUGUAUCUACUGUACAGAGCACGUUUUUAAUAGCGCAGCACCUGGGCAGGUACUGUGUUUGUACAUUCACACUCAUGAACUGCAAAUACUGAGGUUUUAGGGUUUGCUUUUUAAGUCUUGAUAAAUCUGUAAGUCCUGAAUUUAUAUUGGAGUAUGGCUGCGUCUCAGUAAGAAGGCAGACUGCCCAUGCCAGGACUCUUUCUUACUUCAGAAACAAAAUGUGAAGAUGAAAAGUUACAUUUAGUAUAUAACAUGAGUUGAGCUUUCCAAAGGAGGGACUGUGUGGAACAGGAUUUGGCCACUGUCAGCAGGUCAUCUGCAAAUGAGAAUGUGUGUUUACAAGGGAAAUGGCUUCAGAAAUGGUGGGACAGCUAACAAAACAAAUAAGAACAAAUGAUAGUAAAAUGCUGUUUGUUACAUUCACGGUGUAUAUAUACUACCUAACUGAAUACUCAGUGCACCUGUUCAUUAUCUGCAGCCAUACCAGUUUAUAUGGACUUUAAAUUUCAAAUUAAAACCAGAGCUUGUAGCAUCUUGUUGGAAGAACAACACGCAUGUACAGCACUUACAGCUAAAAAAGUGGUACCAGUGUUUAUCUGGUGAAUUCCUUCUGGCAGUCAAGCCUUUCCAUGUACAUGUAUCAAGUCAAAAAGUAGCCGUAGUGUUGUAAAGCUACUUUCAGCAACCCAGAUAAGAAAGCAGGAAGACGGGAGACACAGAGUAUAGCCAAGUUUGUUUUCAGUGGGUCCUCUCAGAAAUCAAAUGGAAAGUUUGGAGCUGCCAUGGCCUUGGGCAGCCUCAGUAACUCUUCAAGUGAUCUCACAUUCUGUUCUACAUCAGCCUUGUCCAGCAUUUGGUGAAAAUUCUAUUUACUUAGUCAAGCUCAUUUGUUCCCAUGGCUGACAUCUCCACAGCACUUCACUUUCUAUUUCAUUUUACCCCUUCUUUAUUUCUUACAGCUUCGUACUAGCAUAGCUUGUUCUGGAAUCAGAACAUUUUGGAAUGUGGACUCUAUUGUCUGCAACUGAUGAGGUGGAAUUUGUGAAUAUAGGAAGUUUCUUACUGUUAAGUUUUGUGUCCCUAAAUUAAGUCUCCAACAGAAAUUGAAAUUGUUUGCCAUAUAUAAAAUGACAUAAAAAAAGCAGAAUACUAUAGUAUUAAUUUAAUCUACUCAGCAUGGAAUUGGGCCAUUUGUUACAGUGCUCAAAUGUCAAAGCUUCAUCUGUCAUAACUAUCCAUUACAGGUUCCUAAGCAUGCUCCAUGUGUGGGAGUAAUAUAAAAGGAAAUGAGUGAGGUAAAAAUAAAAUCAGAAUUUGAGCAAUAACUUUAAUCCCCUAAAAUAGCUCUGCUAAAUUUGGGGUGCUGAAAACUCUUGACUGACAGUUACAAGCUUUUUAUCUGCCUUGUAAAUGGAAAUGUCCUUCUGCUCUUUUAUUUUGAUUUUAAUCCUUCUAUUUAAGAUCAGUCACUAACACAGACUGGAUGUAUUUUUACAUUCACUGUUCAUGGAUUUGACCCAGCUAGCUGGCUGGCAGCACAGCGUCGGGCAGCAUCAGACUAAACAAAUGUUCCAUAUGUGAAAUUGAGCUUCAGCUCAAGGCAAGUCAGAGUUGAAUGGAGUGAGACAAAAUGCCUAUGCUUAUGUUCCUUUUCAGUUUAUUUUUAGAGGUUACUUCUGUCAUAAAGGUGGUUUUAGUCAUGGUCCAGGAAAGUAAAGGAUAUAUGAUGAAACUUUUAAAAAGUAAAACUGCAGACUUCUGCUUGACAGAACGAUUGGAUUUCUUAAAUUCUAGAAAGUACAUCGGAGUCCAGCUGGAUGAUGUUCCCCUGUGUGAACAGGACGGCAUCAUUUCCUGCCUGAUGCUUGUAGUACUGCUGCCCGUGGGCCUGGUGUGUGAGGGCUUUUCCGUGGCACAUCAUGAUUGUCUGCUUGCCCACAACGUGUGGGUGAUCUUGAAUAUGAAAUAUCUGAUGCUGAGAUCUGUGUGAGUUACAGAACGGGCUGUACAGCCUGCAGAUAGAUGUGUGAGGGCUGUAGCUUCCCAGUUUGUAUGAUUAAACAGCACUAGUUUGUUUUCACAUUUGAUUUAAAGAUCUCAAGGGGGUGGUUGUUUUUUCUUGUACAGGAAAUACCAUCAGAAAUUGUUGCCACGUGGUUUUGUUGUUUUGUUUUCAAAUGCACUCUAAGCCUUUAAUUUGCCAUUAGGUACAGAUUGCCUAGCUAGGUGCCCGUGACCUAGGCUAAAAGAGCAAAUAUGAGAUGUCACAGGGCACCAUUUCAGCAGCAGG